UGAGCGUCUUGCAAAAGCUACAUCCCAAUAGUUGUGUAGGGCUUACAUUACAUCCUCCAUUGUUUUGUUGUCCUUCAUUUCUAAACCAUGGCAGGUCCAGAGGAUAAAGAUGAGGAGGCUGCAUCUCAUUCCCCACGCACCAAAGGCAUCAUCCAAUACUUUACAAGGCAAGUGAAGCAGCACACAGAAGGACUUGAUACAGAUUUGCAGGUGACAAAUGAGAAGAUUGGACAAUUGGAGUCCACGCAGAUCUCCACCAACACUAAGCUUACAGGGCUGGAGACAGCGGUCGCCCGCAUUGACACUAGCCUUGCUGCUCUUGUGAGGCAUUUUGAUGCUCUCAAUGCUGGAGGCAAUGGUGGGGGUAAUGACGAUGACAUUGACGGAGAGUACGUCGAGGAUAAUUUGGAGGAUGAAUAUAUUGCUGACACUGAACAAGAUGAUCGAGAUGCUCGAGAUCGUCGACGGCUACACAACAAUCGACGAGGUAUGGGUGGUCGCCGCCGACGCGAGGUACGCAACAAUGAUGAUGCUUUUUCUAAAAUUAAAUUUAAGAUUCCUCCUUUUGAUGGAAAAUAUGAUCCUGAUGCGUACCUCUCUUGGGAGAUUGCUGUUGACCAAAAAUUUGCAUGCCAUGAGUUUCCUGAGAGCACUAGAGUUAGAGCUGCUACGAGUGAGUUCACCGAUUUUGCUUCGGUUUGGUGGAUAGAACAUGGCAAGAAAAAUCCUAAUAACAUGCCACAAACUUGGGAUGCUUUGAAACGGGUCAUGCGGGCUAGAUUUGUUCCUUCUUACUAUGCACGUGACUUGCUGAAUAGGUUGCAACAAUUGAGACAGGGUGCGAAAAGUGUAGAGGAAUAUUAUCAGGAGUUACAAAUGGGCUUGCUUCGUUGUAAUUUAGAGGAAACUGAGGACGCUGCCAUGGCUAGAUUUUUGGGUGGGUUAAACCGCGAGAUUUAUGAUAUCGUAGACUAUAAAGAUUACACUAAUAUGACCCGAUUGUUUCAUCUUGCUUGUAAGGCUGAAAGGGAAGUGCAGGGACGACGUGCUAGUGCCAAGGCUAAUUUUUCUGCAGGUAAAACUUCAUCAUGGCAGACACGCACCACUCCUCCGGCCGGCCGUACUGCUUCUCCAUCUUCCACACCCACAACUAGUCGAGCAGCACCUCCUCCAUCUAGUGACAAGUCAGCGACAAAGGCUGCUCAGCCAGCACCGAGUGCUUCUUCAAUGGCAUCCACAGGCCGAAUGAGAGAUGUUCAGUGCCACCGUUGCAAGGGCUUUGGGCAUGUGCAGCGUGACUGCCCUAGCAAGCGAGUUUUGGUAGUCAAAAACGAUGGUGAGUACUCCUCUGCUAGUGAUUUCGAUGAUGAUACACUUGCUUUGCUUGCGGCUGACCAUGCAGAUAAUGAGCCACCGGAAGAGCACAUUGGGGCUGCAUUUGCGGAUCACUAUGAGAGCCUCAUUGUGCAGCGUGUCCUUAGCGCACAAAUGGAGAAGGCGGAGCAAAAUCAGCGACACACGUUGUUCCAAACAAAGUGUGUCGUCAAAGAGCGUUGUUGCCGCAUGAUCAUUGAUGGAGGUAGCUGCAAAAACUUGGCUAGCAGCGAGAUGGUGGAGAAGCUUGCACUUAGCACCAAACCGCACCCACAUCCAUACUACAUCCAAUGGCUGAACAACAGUGGUAAGGCGAAGGUAACAAAACUGGUGCACAUUAAUUUUGCAAUUGGAAAUUACCAUGAUGUUGUUGAAUGUGAUGUUGUGCCCAUGCAAGCAUGUAAUAUUCUGCUAGGUAGACCAUGGCAAUUUGAUAGGGAUUCUAUGCAUCAUGGUAGGUCCAACCAGUACUCUUUUCUGUACCAUGAUAAGAAAAUUGUGUUGCAUCCCAUGUCUCCUGAAGAUAUUUUGCGUGAUGAUGUUGCUAAGGCUGCCAAAUCCAAAUGUGAGAGUGAUAAAAAAGCCCAAUCUGAUGGCAAGAAACCUGAGACAAUCAAUUUGAAACCCAAAUGCUUACUUGCUACUAAAUCUGAUAUUAAUGAGUUGAUUGCAUCACCUUCAGUUGCCUAUGCUUUGGAGUACUCUGAUGUGUUUCCCAAGGAAGUGCCACCGGGGCUGCCACCGGUGCGCGGCAUUGAGCAUCAAAUCGACUUGAUCCCAGGUGCUUCCCUACCGAACCGUGCGCCAUACCGAACCAACCCUGAGGAAACCAAGGAGAUUCAGCGUCAAGUUCAUGAGUUGCUUGAUAAAGGUGGUUACCACCAGAUUCGUAUGAAGUAG